GCGAACUUUCAACUCAACAUGGGACGCACGCUCACAAUUCGAAGCCGUCCUCAGCGCAAGCCCACGUUGGAGUGACCCCGACCAUCAUGGCGACCCCUAUUCCAACAACGCUGCGUGGCCCUCCUGGUCCUGGCAACGUGUCGACGUUUGCGAGUUUGCGGCACUACGAAAACCAGAACGAGGCGCGCGCGAUGCUCUUCUUCGACAGCAUUGCAUUGGCCUUGUCCGCGAGCAUGACCCUCACUGCGUGCGCCACAGUAUUCAAAUGGAAGUCUGUGCGGAAACAUGCGACCCACUCCACGAUGUUCAUGGUGUUCCUGUCACUCGGUCUGUGGUCGUUGAGCACGUUGGUGCGCAUUGUCCUGAUCUAUACUGGAAUUGAUCCUGGGCCUCCGAAGCCGCCGAUAGGCCCGCCUCCCCCAGGCUUUACACCACCUCCACCUCCAUUAGGGGUCAAGGUCAUCUUGUACACGACGCUCGUGACUGACAUGUUCUUCAACGCGACGUCGCUGUGGUGCAUCUUGGCCACGUACGAGUUUCAGCGGUGGGUGUGGCGGCCCCGACUCGUCCACGAACGCAAGACAUUGAGAUGGUACCAUCUCUUCGUGCAAGCUUGUUGCGUUGCUCAGGUCGUCGCGGUUACGACUGUCGACGUGCUUUGGGUCCCUCCGCCACCGCCGGCAAUUCGACCUCUUGGCGUGGCGGGUGGCAGUCCUCCGGGACUUGGAGGCCCUGGCAAACUACCGCCACCACCAGCGCAACUUCUCAUGGAAAACAUAUUCUGGACCAUCUUUUGCGUUCGGUGGGUUGCCGUGCUGUAUCCAGUCGUGCUCGGCAUCGUCCUUGCAUGUUCGCCCAAGGCAAGGGGGCUGAACCGAACCCAGUCUGUGCACGUCUUUGUCCUGUUGCUGGUCGCGCUCAACGUGCCGUACUUGGUCGUCGAGCCACUGUUCGACUUUGGCAUUCUCAACAAGACGGAAAUGCUGCUCCUCUACAGCGUGUCCAAGUUCGCCACGUACUGCAGCGGCGUCGGGAUGGUCAAUCUUCUGGGGCUCUACCUUGUCGACUUCGAUGUCCUGUAUGUAGUCAAGGACCCGCCGUCGAUGCCGUCGCCGUCGGCAUUUCUCGUGUUUGAGAGCAACAGCUACUACAUCCCCGCCACGCUCGUCCAUCCCAGGCGGUGAAUCCUCUUGAAUGAAAAUCUCUCUACCGAACGCAGCUC